CAGCUGACCUGCUCAAACCGGCAUCCAUAAAUUUCCUCCGACGAUCACUCUGAAAGAUUCAAGAUUUUCCAUCUCUUAUCGGAGAAGACGAAACCCAUAUACAAACUUGGGCACAGCUCUCAAAACCCACCAAUUCAAGAUCAUGAAUUUGCCCCAGAAGCUCACCUAUUACUUGUCGGAGCAUCCCCGGAUUGUUAACUUCCGAUGGGGUCACGCCCAUUCUUGGGGAUCCACAUGGUCCUUCCUCUUCGCAUCGAUCGCCCUUUACAUUCUUAUCUCCAUCUUUCUUCAUCUCUCCCUCUCUAUCCUACUCCGCCGCGGCCGCCCAGUACCUCUAGGUCCAAUCCCCGCCGUCCAUAGCCUAGCCAUGGCCCUUAUCUCCGCAACCAUCUUCGCCGGCCUACUCCUCUCAUCUGCGGCCGAGAUCCGCGAUACCCGCUGGUUCUGGUGGCGAUCAAAAACAACCCCUUUUCAGUGGCUCCUCUGUUUCCCCUUAGGCACCAGACCCUCAGGCCGGGUCUUCUUCUGGUCAUACGCAUUCUACAUCUCCCGAUUCCUCCAUACAUUUCGUACUUACUUCACCAUCCUCCGGCGGCGGAAUCUUUCUCUUUUCCAGCUCCUUAAUAAUUCCAUUCUCAUCUCAAUGUCAUUCCUCUGGCUUGAGUUUUCACAAUCGUUUCAGGUCCUGGCGAUCCUUCUCACCACAUCAGUAUACUCAGUCGUUUACGGCUACCGGUUCUGGACGGCAAUUGGGCUGCGCGGCGCUUGCUUUCCUUUCGUUAUCAGCUGUCAGAUUGGGCUUUUGAGCUGCAACAUCCUCUGUCACGUUGGAGUUCUCAUGUUCCAUCUACUGAGCGGCGGAUGCAAUGGAAUUGGGGCGUGGGUCUUCAAUUCGGUGCUGAAUGGGCUGAUUCUGCUGCUGUUCAUGAAUUUCUUCGUGAAGAUGCAUCUUAGAAAGACAAAGCGGACAUUCAUGGCGGUGGAGAGUGACAGUGAGACAGACGAGCCUCCCCAAGAUGUAAAGAAGGAUACUUGAUCUUUCUGUUUAGCAUAUAUUUAAACUGUUAGGACCUCAAAAUUGUAUUAAUAAAGACCCAAAUUUGUGAAAAAUGUAUACUAAACAAUAUCAUUUUAGCCAAUAAAUUUUUAUAUAAUUCAUGGGCACAA